UGGAGGACGCCGGGAGGAGCCAUGCCCGUGGUUCCCGGAGGCCGUGGGAGAGGCGGGGAAGAGUUCUUCAUGUGUAAAGGAUUCAUUCAUUCAUAGACUUACCAAUUAUCGAAUGCUGUCUGUGUAACAGGCACAAUUCUAGGUGCUUGGGAUAUAGCAGUGAACAAGAGACAAACUCCCUGUUAUUAUGGUGCUUACAUUGUUGUGGGCCAGAUAAUAAACAAGCUCUGCCUCCUCAGGCCCUGUCCCUUCCCAGAAAGAAGAGGAAAUGACUGAGUUCCAGGGAACAGUGACAUUCAAAGAUGUAGCUGUUGACUUCACCCAGGAGGAAUGGAAGCAAUUGGAUCCCACUCAGAAGAACCUGUAUCGGAAUGUGAUGCUAGAAAACUAUAACAACUUAAUCACAGUGGGCUAUCCACUCACUAAACCUGAUGUGAUUUUCAAGUUGGAGCAAGAAGAAGAACCAUGGGUAGUGGAGGAAGAAGUAUUAAGGAGACACUGUCCAGGAGAGAUAUGGAGAAUUGAUGAGCAUCAAAAAAACCAGGACAAAUUUUGGGGACAAGUUGAAGAUAAAUGUAAGAAAACACUAACUGAAGAAAAAGUCAAUGAAUGUCAUAAGCAAUUUGCAAAUGUAUUUCCUCUAAACUCAGAUUUUGUUCCUUCUGGACACAAUCUCUAUGAAUAUGACUUAUUUGGAAAGUGUUUAGAACAUAAUUUUUACUGUUGUAAUAAUGAGAAAUGCUUUAUAAGAAAGGAACAUUGUGAAUUUAAUGAACCUGUAAAAUCAUAUGGCACUAGCUCUUCCCAUCUUGUAGUAACUCCCUUUAAAUGUAAUCAUUGUGGAAAAGUCUUCAGUCAAACAUUGGACCUCAUCAGACACCUGAGAAUUCAUACUGGAGAGACACUCUAUGAAUGUGAUAAAUGCAGAAAAGCCUUCAGCCACGAAGAAAAACUCAUUAAACAUCAUAAAAUUCACAGUAGGGAGCAGUCUUAUGAAUGUAAUGAAUGUGGGAAAGAUUUCAUUAAAAUGUCAAAUCUCAUUAGACAUCAAAGAAUUCAUACUGGAGAGAAACCCUAUGCAUGUAAAGAAUGUGGGAAAUCCUUCAGCCAGAAAUCAAAUCUCAUUGAUCACGAAAAAAUUCAUACUGGAGAGAAACCUUAUGAAUGUAAUGAGUGUGGAAAAGCAUUCAGCCAGAAGCAAAGCCUCAUGGCACAUCAGAAAGUUCAUACUGGGGAGAAACCUUAUGCAUGUAACGAAUGUGGUAAAGCCUUCCCUCGUAUUGCAUCCCUUGCUCUUCAUAUGAGAAGUCAUACAGGAGAAAAACCUUAUAAAUGUGAUAAAUGUGGAAAAGCCUUCUCUCAGUUUUCCAUGCUUAUUAUACAUGUGAGAAUUCAUACAGGUGAGAAACCUUAUGAAUGUAAUGAGUGUGGAAAAGCCUUUUCUCAAAGCUCAGCCCUUACUGUACAUAUGAGAAGUCACACUGGUGAGAAACCCUAUGAAUGUAAUGAAUGCAGAAAAGCCUUCAGCCACAAGAAAAACUUUAUUACACACCAGAAAAUUCAUACUAGAGAGAAACCUUAUGAAUGUAAUGAAUGUGGGAAGGCUUUCAUUCAGAUGUCAAAUCUUGUUAGACACCAGAGAAUUCAUACUGGAGAAAAACCCUAUAUAUGUAAGGAAUGUGGCAAAGCCUUUAGUCAGAAAUCAAAUCUCAUUGCUCAUGAAAAAAUUCAUUCUGGAGAGAAACCCUAUGAAUGUAAUGAAUGUGGUAAAGCCUUCAGCCAAAAGCAAAACUUUAUUACACAUCAGAAAGUUCAUACUGGAGAGAAACCUUAUGAUUGUAAUGAAUGUGGUAAAGCCUUCUCUCAGAUUGCAUCCCUUACUCUUCAUUUGAGAAGUCACACAGGGGAAAAGCCUUAUGAAUGUGAUAAAUGUGGGAAAGCCUUCUCUCAAUGCUCACUGCUUAAUUUGCAUAUGAGAAGUCACACAGGUGAGAAGCCCUAUGUAUGUAAUGAGUGUGGAAAAGCCUUCUCUCAAAGAACUUCCCUCAUUGUGCACAUGAGAGGUCAUACAGGUGAGAAGCCUUAUGAAUGUAAUAAAUGUGGAAAAGCCUUCUCCCAGAGCUCAUCCCUUACUAUACAUAUACGAGGUCAUACAGGUGAGAAACCCUUUGACUGUAGUAAAUGUGGAAAAGCCUUCUCUCAAAUCUCGUCUCUUACUUUGCAUAUGAGAAAACAUACAGGCGAGAAGCCCUAUCACUGCAAUGAAUGUGGCAAGGCUUUCAGCCAAAAGUCACACCUUGUUAGACACCAGAGAAUUCAUACUCAUUAGAAACCCUAUGGAUACUGUGAAUAUGAGAAAGCCUUCAGAAGAAAUUAACACUUCAUUGCAUAUUACGUGAUCGGUUCUAGAGUAGAAAACUAGGUGUGUGGGAAAGCCUUCUGAAGAAGUCACAAAUUUCUGAAACAUUAGAGAAUUCUUACCAAGGUGACAAAUUGUAUAAUGAAAAAGCUAAUUAUCAAAAACCAUCACCAGACACUUAUUCAUUGAUAAUAUUUAAUCAGCAUUCUCAUUAAAAUCUGAAACAAGAUAUCUGCUAUCAGCACAUGAACAUAAUACAUAAUACUGGUUCCUAGCCAAUAUACUAAACAAGAAAACGAACAUUGGGAAGAAAAAGGAAAUAUAAAAAUAACCUUUUAUAUGAGAAAUAGUAAAUUAAAAAAUGUGUGGGUAGAAAAUAUCUAAAAUAAGCAACUAUGUAUUAUGACAUAUAUAAAGUUAUAAAACAUGAUGAAAGGCACAAAAGAACACCUGAAAAUGGAGAGAAAUGACAUUAUGUCUGAAAAGCCUUGACAAUGUAAAACUGUAAGCUCUCUCCCAAAUCUCUAACUUCAGUGUACUUCCCACUCAAAGUUUACAGCAUUAGUUAUAUUUUAAGGAAUUUCAUUCACAAACUGAUUCAAAAAUUCUAUACAGGAAGGUAAAGGACCACAAAUAGCUCAAACAAAUUUGACAAAAUAAAUAGAGAAGACACUCUACUAGAUGUCAUCAUAGACUUUAUUUAAAGCUGUUGUCAUUUAAACAGUGUUAUUGAGUGAAUAAAUGAAUGAAUCAGUUGAAAAAAACUAAGUAUCAAUAUACAAAUCCGAGAAGAUAUGGGAGUUUUGUGUAUGGUAGUGCUACUGAAAUCACUGGGGAAAGGAUGGACUAUUCAAUAAAUCAAAGAUUCAUAUGAGCAAACAAUGGUAGCUCUCUAUACUACAUAGAAAAAUAAAAUCCAAAUAGAUUGAAGACCAGAUAUAAAAAACAAAAUUCUAAAACUAUGAUGAAAAUAAAAUAGAAUAUAUUUUACUUUAGAGUAGCAGGAUUUCCUUAAAAACACAUAAACAUGGAGUAAUCCAUUCUAUUUUGGUGUAUUGGCCUCAGAGGCACCCACUUAUAUGCACAAAGAGAUAUAUGUCACUAUAUUUACUACAUCAUGGUUUGUAUUGCCUAAAUUGGAUAUAACGUUUCUAUCAAUAGAGGAAUAGAUCAAUAUGAUGUCAUUAUUUCUAUGAUAGAAUACUAUACAGUACUAAGAAGAUACAAAAUUCACUUAUAGUUACAUGGAUAGAUCACAAUAUACAAUAUUGAGAGAAAAAAGCAAAAUACAUGAUGAAACAUGCUAUGACAUUUGUACAAUAAAAUGGUGCAAAGAACAGUAUUGUGUAUUGAUCAUGGAUCCAUGUAAGACUCGGGAUGUUGGAAAGGUUUGGUGGGAGUUAUUAUAUUUAUCAGUAAUAUGUCUUUAAUAAAAGAAUGAAAGCAAAUAUGAAAGUGGUAA